GUUUAACAGAAUCUUCUCCUUCUUACCCCCCACCCGCCUAAUACCCCGUACCCCUCCACUUUCCCUUCUUUUCUUUUCUUUUCUCUCUUUAUAUAUAUAUAUAUAUAUAUAGAAUUAAUUAUCUUCUCUCCUUAAUUUCUUGGGGUUCCAUUUUUAUCGAUUCUGAGAGCAACUGAAGCAAUAAGAUUCAAUUUUUUUGUUUGUUGUAAAGAUCUAAUCUGAGAUAGUGGAAGAUCUGGAGAAAUGGGUUCGAUCCCAGCAGAAUUGAGCUUAGAUUGUAGACCUAGUUUUAUUCCCAAAUCUAUUACUGAUUUUCUUCGACAACUUUCUUUGAUCCGUAAUGUUCCUGAUAAACUAUCACAGAUUGAUGAUUAUAUCACCAGACUUGAAGAUGAAAUGAGGAAAAUCGAUGCAUUCAAACGCGAGCUUCCCCUUUCUGUUCUUCUUGUUAAAGAUGCGAUUGUAGCUCUAAGAGAAGAAUCAAUGCAAUAUAGAAAAUCGAGAACAGAACCAGUAUUGGAAGAAUUUAUCCCACUGAAGAAGAGUUCCCAUGAAGAUACUAAAGCUGAAAUUAUUAAAGAUAAGGAUAGUAGAGAAAAGAUGAGCUGGAUGAGCUCUGUUCAGCUCUGGAACAGCGAAUCUCACUGCGAAAAUACUGAUGAAGUGAUUAAUAAACAACCAUCUAAAUCAGAAUUGAAAGUGGAUACUCAGCGAUCUCCUGAAGAAGGAAAUAGUUCAGUAACUGAAGAUCCAUUCCAAUCUUGUAAAACCAUGAAUGUGGGAAAGGCAUUUUCAGUACCUUUCAAGGGGUAUUCUGGUUUCUCAGUGACAGCGGUUAGGAAGGACAAUAAAGAUGAACUACCAGGAUUAUCACUUCAUACUCCUGGAAUUACGAAGCUGAGGGAGGAUACUGUGACUAGUGGUUUGAAUUCGAAACACAAUGGUAGCAGAGGUGGAUUAUCUAGUGUAGCUGGUUGCCAAUCAAAUAUAAGGGCUGGAUCACUGGCUCAGCAGCAGUCUUCUAGAAAGCAAAGAAGAUGCUGGUCACCAGAAUUACAUAGGCGAUUUGUUGAUGCACUACAACAACUUGGGGGUUCACAAGUUGCAACUCCUAAGCAGAUUAGAGACCUUAUGCAAGUGGAUGGCCUAACCAAUGAUGAAGUAAAGAGUCAUUUGCAGAAAUACAGGCUUCAUACACGAAGAGUUCCAAAUUCACAGACUCAACCAGCAAAUCAGUCUGGUGUGGCUCUAGGAAAUUUAUGGAUGUCCCAAGGCCAAUAUGGGGAAUCCUCAAAGCAGAGCAGUUCACAAUCUGGUUCCCCUCAGGGUCCUCUACACUUGGCUGGUAGUUGCGGAGGUACUUCCACGACUGUGGGUGAUAGCAUGGAAGAAGAAGAUGAUGUAAAAUCCGAGAAUCACAGCUGGAAAAACCAUGUUCUCACCUCUGGAAAGAUUGAUGUAUAGAUCUCCACCAUGAAUUUUGCAGAUAAAGAUACAUUGGAGAAAUUAAUUACCAUAAAUCGAUACCCUAUAUUAUACUUAUAUAUAAAUAUCUUGAGAGAGAUGUGAAAUUUUGCAGGAUUAGAUCUCCUUUUCUUUUUUUUGUCUGUGCAUUUCGAACCGUGUUCUAGUUAUUUGUUGUUUCAGUAUAAGGAACUUGAAUUUAAGUCCCAACACUUGAGAAAUGAAAGAGCGGUGCCUCUCUGGUAUCAA